CCUGAUCCUCGUUCCAGACGAGGUAUGUAGGCAGGUGGUCGUGCGAGACCACUCCGGGUAACCUUUUUCUUUUUUGCGUGCGUUUACUUGUUAUCUGACUGCGUGUUUUGGGCUCGGAUGCCGACGUAAGUCCAGUGAUUGGCAGUCGGGCUCCACGUUUGCCGUUUUGAUUGUGUUUUGGCUCGGAUGCCGACGUAAUUCCGUCCAGUGGUUGUCGGGCUCCAUGUUUGCCACCCUUGUGUGUUGGUUUGUUUUGUGUUGUUUGGCGUGCGUAAGCCGAACUACAGUGGCUCUGAUUCUUGUUCCAGACAAGAUAUGUAGGCCUAAGGUGCGAUACCUUAUCGAGCUCAUUUCUCUUAACCCCACCUGCGUUCCCUGUGUGUGUGUGUGAUGUUUAGCAACCUUUUCUUUAUUCUAGGACGUGGAUCCCUAGGAGUACCUAGGACGUGAGGGGUGCUAAUACCUUCCCCUCGCGUAACCGACUCCCGAACCUUUUCUCUCUGGUCGCGAGACCAUGUCUUUCCAGGUUUCUCUGAGCGUUUCCUUUCCCUAUCUUGGGAUAAAUAACGUUUAGUGGCGGCUCUGUGUGUUUUUAUUUUUAGGCUCGCCGGUUGUUUUUUCGCAGGAUGCGACACUUAUGUGCAGGGUUAACCACGUUCGACAGACCCAACUGUCUCCUCUCACUCCAAGAAAUCCAAAAAAACACAAACGCUCUGCUGCCACAGGAUCUGAGCCGACUCCCCAGUCGACCCAGCCAUCUUCUCACCACUCCCACAAAUCCAAAGGCCAUCAGGGCCACAAAAGGAAGAAGCACAAUUCUCCCUCUAGGAGUGGUGAAGCCAAGAAAAAAAGACACCACAAAAUGCUCACUCCAGAGGCUCCUGCUUUAGAUACCGACACUAUUGUGGUCGACACUUCCAUCCUUAAUAAAGCCCCUGGUCCAUCUGUGGGGGCUUCGCAGUCGACCAGCACCCCCGCUGCUGCUGUCUUGGGGGAAGACAAUCCAGAUGCCAUUUCCCCUGCACUGACACAGGCCGAUGCUUCUGAUGAGCCAUCUCAUCCUGUCGCCGACUAUACUCCUUCGUCGCCGGCUUCUUCUCCAACUCACCAAGCACCUUCUGUCGACACUGCUGGUGAGUUCAUUGGCUUCCCUAUCCAGAUUAGUGAUAGUGACUCUGACUCAGUCACUAGUCCUGCAACGUACACGGAUUCCAGUUCGACUAGUUCUGACUCUAGUCUUUCUUCAGCUUCCUUGCCUUUGCAGGAUUCAAGGGGACCAGUGGAUGUCGACACCACCAAAACCCAACCUUCUCAAACUACUCCUCUAUCAGCUACUUCUCCUUCAUCUUCCCAGGGGCUGGCAAUAAAGCCUUCUGCUCUGGCAGCAAUUGCUAGGCUUCGUAGCCUAGUAAGGUCAUGUGAUACUUCUUCAGACUCUAAGCAGCAUCACCAUUCUGGUAAGAUGGGUUCUGAGGCGACGAAAACCAAAGCUCUAAUGGACAAGGUUCACUUUCAUGCUUUGAAUCCUGACCUCCCUCAUGUGCUUAUGGAUGAACCUGCUGUCGGCCCAGAGAUCUUGCAUGCGCUUGCCCAACUCAAAGAGCUUCAGAUUGCAGAAUAUGUUAAGUGUGCAACUGCCGCUUUAGAAAAACUUCUGGUUCCCAUGCUGCGUCAUCUCGACAACGUUAGGGAAAAUGAGCGCCAGAUCGUAACUACUGAGGCCUUUGUGAAGGAAAAGUGGGAGUUGGUGAUGAAUGCCGACGCAGAGGUCACCAAAUUGCUGAGGACUAUUGAGGAGAAUAAAAAGGAAUUGGCCUCCAAGCAAAUAAGGGUUGUUGAGAUACGCCAGCAAAUUGAUGCCCUUCGGCGUCAAAUUGUUGCUUUGGAUAGUGCGUUGGAGUCAAUUACUAAGGAGGAGUCAUGCUUUGUCGACGAAGUUAUAAAACCUGCCCAAGCCACUGUGGAGCAGACCACCAGCAAUGCCUUAGCGGUAGCUGAAGAGCUUUCCACCGUUGAGAAGAAUCUUGAACAGCUUAAAGUCCAGACCGACACCUUGGAACCUACGUCUCUCCACUACAACUUUGAGCUUCAAUCCUUUCGAUCUAGAUUCGGCCAACUUUGA